GCCACACACGGAUCUCUGCUGUUUUUUUUUUUUCCUCUGCUCUACCACCUCUCUCCAGUCUUUCUCCUCUUCACUGUCACUGUGACUAGCGGGAGACUUUCACUUUUCACCAACCCAGCAUCUUCAAGCUACUGACUAUAUUUUUAUUACGAGAGACCUGGAAGCCGAGAAGAGUAAAGGCACAAGACUUUUCAACAAAUCACGUGAAAAUCAAAAACCAGCCAACGAAUAUUUUUAUAUAUUUUUUAAAAGAGAGAAAAUGUAUUUUUAAUAUAUCCACAAGAGAACCUUCAUUCCUGUUCCAAACCGUGAAGAAUUCUCUUCCGUCACCGUGGCCAACAGAGAGAUGACAGCUUCGUUUUAAUUUCUGAAUACAACCAUAAUUUGUUGCUUUUAAUUAUUUUGUCCUCUUCCGAGUUGGGGAUUCUAACCCCUACCCCUUCCCUCUUCCCUGGGAUCUUCACUCUAAAAGAUCUGAGACAAGAUCUUUGAGAAGGUUUCCCCCCCCCCCAAGCCUCCAAAAUGAUGCUCAGUCCGGACCAAGCCGCCGACUCAGACCACCCUAGCUCUGCUCCCUCGGACCCCGAGUCGCUGGGCGGACCGGACGCUAAGGUGCUGGGCAGCGUGUCGGACCUGGAGCCAGUGGAGGAGAGCGAGGCUGAUGGCAAGGGCGGCAGCCGAGCCGCGCUCUACCCGCACCCGCAGCAGCUGAGCCGCGAGGAGAAGCGGCGCCGCCGCCGGGCCACUGCCAAGUACCGCUCGGCCCACGCCACCCGGGAACGCAUUCGCGUAGAGGCCUUCAACCUGGCCUUCGCCGAGCUCAGGAAACUGCUGCCCACUCUACCCCCGGACAAAAAGCUCUCCAAGAUCGAGAUCCUGCGCCUGGCCAUCUGCUACAUCUCUUAUCUCAACCAUGUGCUAGACGUGUAGGGACGGGAGUCGGGGGGGAGCCGGCUCGUCUGUCCCUGAGGCCUGGACAGACCGAGGCGGCCGUAGCCGGGACAGCGGUAUUGGGGGUGCAGGAGGAGGACGCAAUGCUGCUGUUGCUGCUGCUGCUGCUUCCCAGGAAUGACUCUGACAAGCAGAGAAGCUUGGAAAAUAUUCUGCUUAGGGAGAAGGGAAAGGUGGGGCCACCCCUUCUGAUCUCGAUGGGGUGGGAGGGGAAAGGGGAGCAUUACGAUUCCGCGGAUGCAGAAGGUUUUCAGUUUUUUUUUUUCAGUCCAGGAGUACCUCAUGAACCCCAUCUGAGAUCCCACCUCCAGGCCCCCUCUCUCCUGAUUAUCUAUUACUAUCCCUUGCAUGGGUCAGCUUGAGCUAACUCGAGGGCUUGCAUUUUUUCACCCUGAUCUGCAACUCCAUUUUUUCUUUUCUCUUUUAAAGGAUGAAGGCAAAAGGGUGUCUUAGGCUAGUGGGAAUUUUUCUCAUUGAAAAAAUCACCAAACAUUCAGGAAAAAAAAUAAUCUCUUCCAGUAAGAUGGGAAGAUGGGAAGGAAAGCUUUCCUUUUUGUAGGGACAAGAAAUAAUACAGAAAACUGGCAAACAAAAACAAACAAAACAAAAAACAAGUUGGCUAUUUUGCAAGGUGAAAAAGAGAACCAGGAGGAAAUAAACACAUUGUAAGAAGAUGUGAACUUGGCAAGAUCUUAGCUGCAAGAUAUGAAUAAAGAAAGAGAAAAAUCCAUAUUUACAUGGAUAAUUUAAUAUCAAAUUGCUUUUUUCAGGCUAAGUGCCCCUUUACAUAUCCAAAAACAUCUACUUGUGACCUUAAACAUGUGACCCAUGGGUGCAGUUAGAAAAAAAACACAACUAUUUUUUAUUUAAGUUAUAAGGAGUAGACUAUUUUUUUCAAGACAUUUAUUUUUCAGAGUGGUGACAAUUUUACUUUGGAUACUUUGUGCCAAUUUAUUUCUAUAGUCAAGUGUUUACACUUUUUCCUGUGGAAUAAUUAUGUCUAACUUUUUAAGUGUUUGUUGGGGUUAUCCAGUGGUCUUCUUUUUGCGCCAAUUAUAUUGCACUUGUAUGACCAAUGCUCCUCCCUGUUUCUAAACAUAUUUUAUAUAUUCAGAUGUUUGUUCUUGGAGGGGUUUUUUUUUUGUGUGUGUGUGAGAUCAACAACACUAGGGCUUCACUAUUAUAGUUUUUUAAACAGAAGUACUUGUUGUUAUUCUUAUCUGUAGUUAUGUCAGAAAAGUACUUUGCAAACAGUUUAUAUAAGGAGAGUAGCUUCUUUGUGUGUGUGAUGUAUGUGUGUGGGAUGUUUUUAGGAAAUUGAGUUAUUUUCCUAAAAAAAUAAAAUCCAGAACUGCUUUCCUCUGUGACAACCAAAAAAAAAAAAUCUAUAACCUGAAAAUGUUUCAUGUUUCUGCUGUGAAUCUCUUAAAACAAGGAGCGCGUUUUAAAGACAAGAAAAAAAAACACAUCUGCUAUCCAAAGAUUUUAGUCUUUUUCAGGGUUUUUCUGUGUCGCUGUUGCUUUAUAUAAUGCAAUAUUUUGUAGUGAAAAUAGAUAUAACCUGGUUUCUAUCUGACGCAUUUUUCAUAUCAUGAAUGGUGCGCUGUUUUGCAUAUA